AUGGGUUAUCUGCUAAAUGGUCCCGUAACGGCGGUAUUGGUGGUGUUUGGUGUUAUAUUUAACCUGGGUACAAUGUAUUUUUUAACGGUCCCACGCAGGACUUCUGGUACCUAUUUUGAUAGCCGAACGAAACCUGCGAGAUCCAAGAAAAGUUUUCCUUUGAUAAGACGGUCUCCUAAUACCUCUCGACCUCUGAUUAACACAUACCUUCUGUGGCUCGCAUUUUCAGACACAGCACUGUUGAUUAGUGCUGCACUACUAUACUGCAUACCAGCAUUUUUCAGAUCAUUGGGUAAUUAUGCCCGGUUUUUCCCAUCUUAUUAUUUGCUUAGUAAUGCAUCCUUGACAGCAUCCGUUUGGCUCAUGUGUGUCUUAAUGUUUGAGCGGUAUCGGGCCUUCUGUAGACCAUUGGACAGCCACGUGAAACCGCAAAAGGUGCAUCGAACCCUUUCCUUAGUAUCCUUGUUAGCGUUGAUCUUCUCGCUUCCAAGACUUUUUGAAUUGUCUGUUUAUGAACUGGACGGCGAAUAUCAUGUGAAUCAAACAUUGCUUGUGGAGACACGUGCCUAUAUGGUUGGUUAUCGAAUAAUCGGUGGAAUGCUGUUCUAUUCAUUAUUUCCAUACGUCGUAUUAUUCAUUAUUUCUGCUCGUAUAUGCUUGGCUAUACAUGCUGCUAACAAACAGCGGCAAAACUUCAUCGCAACUCGUGGUGUCACCCACUUCAGAAGUGCAGACUGCGAACUUGUUCUCAUCACUGUGAUGGCUAAAUUUCUAAUUUCACGCCUAAUGCCAACUGCUUUAGAUUUAGCGGAACAUAUCCUUAGUUCCUCGGAAUUUCUUGUUUCUACCACCGCCACAUUUUUUGUCGAUAUUAGUAACCUCAUCGUUGUCAUAUCUAGUGCUACUAAUUUUUUUAUAUAUUUCACUCUGUCGCGAGCAUUCCGACGUACUGUCUUCAAUUCUCUUCCAAAAAAUACCAUCUUCCAAGACCGAAAACGUCAUUUUACUUUACGGCACAAAGCACUUAGUGAACCAUCUUUACCGCAACUAAUGUUAAACGAAGUAAGCCGAGGUAUUGCUUCUGCUGUAGAUGAACGUUUGCUGUCUACCGUCGAAACACAGAUCUAA